GAGCAGGAAUGUAGAAUCGGGUCCAGUCACUCAGUCAGUCAUUCAGUCAGUCAGCUCCGCACGUUUCUGCACCGCGCAGGAGUGAAUAAUUGAUCCGCGCCUCGGUUGGAUACAUUGAUGAAGAGGAAGUGAUUUGUGAUCGGAUCCCGCUCGCACUUUUUUCUCUUUUGGUAGUGGGGGGGGGAUUUAACCUUCUCAGGUCGAACGCGUUUCUCCCCUCUUGUCCCCUCGACUGGAGAAAAGUUUGCUCGGAGACGCGGCACAGCUGGAGUCAGCAGAUGGAAAUAACCUCCGAGCGGACACCGAGCGCACCUUAUUCCGGAGCUCUCCCAACAUGGACCCGGAGUCACUGACCAGGUGAAGACUGCUGGUGUUAAAUGCUCACUGCAAGGCUUCCCUCAACACGGCGACUGCUCCUAGAACUGCUGUUAUAGUUCAGUGACUGUGUGAACCUCCUGCACACUGUUUACCAUGGGCUCCAGUCUGACAUGUACGGGUGUUAUCUGGGCGCUGCUGUCCCUGCUGUGUGCUGCUGCCUCCUGCGUCGGCUUCUUCAUGCCCUACUGGCUGCUGGGGACGCAGAUGGACAAGCCCGUGUCCUUUGGCACCUUCCGCCGCUGCUCCUACCCGGUGAGGGACGAGGAGAGGCAGGCCACGGUGAUGCUGGAGCAGUGCGGGCGCUACGCCUCCUUCCACGGCAUCCCGAGCCUGGAGUGGAGGAUCUGCACGGUGGUGACGGGUGUGGGGUGCGGCCUCCUCCUGCUGGUGGCGCUCACAGCUCUCAUGGGCUGCUGCAUCUCCGACCUCAUCUCACGUACGAUUGGACGUGUGGCCGGCGGCAUCCAGUUUGUUGGAGGUCUGCUCAUAGGAUCUGGCUGUGCACUCUAUCCACUGGGAUGGGACAGUGAGGAAGUACAGCAGACCUGCAACAACAGCUCAGACCAGUUUCAACUAGGUUCCUGCCAGAUCGGCUGGGCGUAUUACUGCACAGGAGCGGGGGCAGCGGGCGCCAUGCUGCUGUGCACCUGGCUGUCCUGUUUCGCCGGGAAGAAGCAGAAACAGUAUCCGUACUGACUAAGGAGAUCAUCAGAGAGACGGAGACGGGCGGACGGAGGCAUCCGGCUGUACGGCCACAGGGAGAGGACUCAGAAUCUGUGGACUGACACCAGUACAGCACAUCAGGCGCCAAAGACAGCGAGUCACUCUGGUGCAUCAUGGGACACUACUCAUCUGACAACUGCAGGGACUGUUUCAUUAUGCAGCACACACACAUGGCUUUGAAAACUGGUUCUUCUCUCAAAAGCUGUUCUUAAAUGAAAAAUGUAUGGACCAAUCCUGUUUGUAAAGUUGUUACCUAACUUUUCCUUUUUAACGGAAAGAGUACUCUCUUCUUUUUUUGUUUCCUUGUCGUCUUCCUCCUCUUUAAGUCAUUGAUGUUUCUGUGAUAGUGUGCCCUGUGAUGAAGACAAAAGUAAUAUUGCUUCAUUGUUACGUGAAGUGUUUGUCUCCUCUUCAUGUCUCAUCCUUGCCUUAAACACAAACUGAAAAUGCAAUAAUCCCUAUAAUGUAAAGCAAUCCAACACUGGCUGCCUGCUUCCUCAACUCAGCCUGUUCAGAUCCCCCCCCCCAAAAAAAAAAUCUAUAAGCAUAGUUUAUUUAACACAUUCAUAAGAUAUACAUUGUGUAUGAUAAUGCAUUUUAUCAUAUUAGCACAUGUUUUGUAUUCACUCUUUGAAUUAUUCUUUGUCAUUAUUUUUCGUUUUUGUAAAUAAAUGUUUAUUGAAAUUCUGGA